UUAACAGAUUACACCCCCGAGAAUCUCGGCCUUGUUUCUGAUAACAUCACAAUCCCAUCAUAAUUCAUCUCCAUCUCUACUCUUCUCUUCCCCCCCACUAAACCCACGACCCCACCAUGUGCUCCUUCUUCUUCUUCUCUUCUCCUCCAAUUCUCUCUCCUCAUCACCUCUCUCCUUUUCUUCCUUCUUGUUAAUGGCGGAAACUACGUCGUCUUCCACCCACCAGGUGGACCCACCUCCCAUGGACGCUGACCUCGCUCAGAAUCUCCACCUCGUAAUCUCCGAUGUUGUCAGAAUCUCUUCUAAUGGAAAAUUCUCUGAUUUGUUUAAGAAGGACUGUACUGAUCUAGGUCGUCGGGUCUCUCUUUUAUCCCAUUUAGUUGAUGAGAUCCGUGAUUCUUCCUUGUCGCAGACUUUGCCUUGUUCUUCUUCUUCUUCUACAUCUUCCUCUUCAACUUGUUCUUCUUCGUGUUUCUUCGAUUUGUUUGUUGCUCUUCAGGAUUCUAAGAGGCUUCUUUUAGCUGCCUCCAGCAUCGAUCCUAAUGAAGAUGGUGCUACCAAGAGAGUUGCUUUUCAGUUUCAGUGUGUGACGUGGAAGCUGGAAAAGGCUUUAGGGAACAUUCCAUAUGAUCAGUUUGGUGUCUCAGAGGAGGUUCAGGAGCAGGUUGAAUUGGUAAGAACGCAGCUGAAAAGAGCAACGGAAAGAUACGGCCCUCUCACUUCUAGCAAAAUAAGUCGUGUUUUAUCUCAGCCUCUACUUAAUGAACUGGAGUUGCUGCAAUCAGGCAACAAAGGUUUCGGAUGUUUGCAUUUAGGUAAUAUAGGUAAUAUUGAUCAUGAAGUGAAGCGGAAGGUCAAGAAUGGCCCACAGGGUAAUACCUCAACAAGUGAUUCCCAUGAUAUUUCACAGAGAUUGGAUGUUUCUACAAUGCCAGCAGCAAUUUGUGCAUCUAAUGGUGCUGAAACGGUAGAUGAUUCUACUGGUACCGAUGAAAGCCAAGAAGAAAGCAGGAAACCUGAUUCUGUGCCGAUUCCUGAAGAUUUCCUGUGCUCGAUUUCUCUUGAGAUUAUGAGAGAUCCUGUUAUUGUGGCUACGGGGCAGACUUAUGAGCGAUCUUACAUACAAAGAUGGAUUGAUUCCGGCAAUAUGACGUGUCCGAAAACUCAGCAAAAGCUCCAGCACUUCACUCUGACACCAAAUUAUGUCUUAAGAAGCUUGAUAUACCAAUGGUGUGCUAAGCACAACAUUGAGCAGCCAACUGCCUUAAUGACUGGUAAAAUAAAGAAGAGUGAUGGAUCAUUCCGUGAUGUAAGUGGAGAUAUUGCAGCAAUUCAGGCCCUUGUGCGUAAGCUGUCUAGCAGGUCAGUGGAGGAUCGUAGAACCGCAGUGACAGAAAUCCGAUCCCUUUCCAAAAGAAGUACAGACAACAGGAUACUGAUAGCUGAAGCGGGAGCUAUCCCUGUGCUGGUAAACCUAUUAACAUGUGAUGAUGUAGUAACCCAAGAGAAUGCAGUUACAUCCAUUCUCAACCUCUCUAUUUAUGAAAAUAACAAGGAACUAAUAAUGCUUGCGGGGGCAAUCCCGUCCAUCGUUCAAGUCCUUCGUAACGGGACCAUGGAAGCGAGGGAAAAUGCAGCGGCUACCCUUUUUAGCUUGUCGCUUGCAGAUGAAAACAAAAUAAUAAUUGGUGCUUCCGGAGCAAUACCAGCAUUGGUAGAACUGCUCCAAAGUGGAAGCCCUAGAGGAAAGAAAGAUGCUGCUACAGCACUUUUUAAUUUGUGCAUAUAUCAGGGUAAUAAAGGCAGGGCUGUCAGAGCUGGGAUUAUUGCAGCAUUGAUGAAGAUGCUAACAGAGUCCAACGGUACCAUGGUCGAUGAGGCUUUGACAAUUCUUUCUGUCCUCGCUGGUCAUCAGGAGGCAAAGAUUGCCAUCGUUCAGGCAUGCACUAUACCUGUUUUGAUUGAUCUUUUGAGAACCGGUCUCCCGAGGAACAAGGAGAAUGCUGCAGCUAUUCUGCUUGCUUUGUGUAAGAGAGAUUCGGAGAAUCUUGCCUGUUUAAGUAGGCUAGGUGCUGCGAUUCCUUUAACAGAGAUUACUAAGAGUGGUACGGAGAGAGCGAAGAGGAAAGCCACUUCAUUAUUGGAGUUGCUCAGAAAGCUGCAACAGCAUUAAGGUUGUGCUGUUUCUUUUUUCACCCUCUUUUUGUUACUUUUAUUUAUUGGUUGUCCAUUACAUGAGAAUGAAAACCCAUUAUCGUUACUAAUGUAUUUGUAUUUACUUUUUUUUUUUUUUACUUGGUGAAAGUGUGAAGGAAAUUCAAUUCAUCUGUUAUUUUGUAAUCAAUUCUUAUACGAAGCUAUUGCUUUCAUCUCUUAAUCAAUAUAUUGUAGAUGCAUAUUUUUAUUA